AUGCCAAUGAAUUCUCCCACCCGACGUGCCCUUCCCAAGCUCUACCCCCCUGAACUGUCAGACGCUGGCGCUAUUGAGAAUGCCCCAACAGAGGCUACCUCCACCGAUGGGCAGGAGAUGGAUUCUCCCACCCGGCGCGUCCUUCCCGAGCUCUACCCGCCGGAAAGGUCAGGCGCCGAAGCUAUUGAGAAGGCCCCAAAAGAGGCUGACUGCACCGAUGGGGAGGAGAUCGUGCCUGAGCAACUGGAGGCCCAGUCAUAUUCGGAUGAUGAUGGUGAAGAGGAAGAGACAUCCGAGACCGAGCCAGAACGCGGUUCCCCCAGCGGUCAACAUGCAGCAGGGGAAAAGACUGUCACUGUGCUCAAGUGCCUAGUAGAGUACUGCAAUAGCACGUUCCAGCACGAGGACCCAGAGCGUGCGCGGAAGGCGCUGCUGCGGCACACGAGGGACUACAAUCAGGUUGCUGCACUGAACGAUAAGCAUGGGUGGCCGGUUACCAUAGACAUGAGGGAUCAUUCGGACGCGCAUGAGGCAGAGAUGCAAAGGGCGAGUGAGUACCAAAUGGAUGAUGUUUUAAGAAUUGUGGGUUUGAGGUAG